UCCGCAAGAUGCUCCUAGAAUCUGACGGUCUGCGCUGCAAAGAAUUCGUCAUAUACAAUGCUGAGCCGCCAACACCGCAGGAGAAAUUGGAUGAACACCUCAGCAAUAGCGGAUAUGCUACAUUGAAAGAUCGAGAGGAGAGAAGUGAAGGCAGUAAGGACAACACUCCUAGUUCUGGACGAAUCCUGACAAUUCUGGAGCGCAGCUUGAAAGUUACUGGCGACGAAGUAAAUUCGACCACUGGGGAAUUGAAGAUGCGCAUUUCUCUUCUCUUCGAAUGGAAAACCGGUGAGAAGGAUUAUUUGAGAGUUGACAAUAUUUUCUUCAUUUUUUAAAGGUCAUGGUCAGCUUGAUGUGUUGCAAAUGCCAGAAGAUGUCGAGAAUCUGACGGAAAGUAUUCUUGGAGAAUCUCCGGAUAUGACCUCAUUGAAUACAAGUCUACCGAACAUUACUUCAACAGACAAAGGGACCGCCAACACCGCCAAAAUUCCUCUGC